AUGUCGAUUGGGGCGGGUGGAGUGCUCAAUAGAGGCGUUGGGAGUGGCACACGCGUGCUCUGUAAGUCCGUGGGACAGCGAAGGGUGUCUGCGCUGCCAAUGGGCAUAUCUUCUUCAAGUCAAAGCAGUGCGCAUGUAUCGGAUUCUAGCCACCUUCGGGAUCUCGAGAAACGCACUGCACAAAUUCAAAAGAACUUUAAUGAGCAAUUCCAGGCUAUCACCAACUCCAAGAACGUUGACGAUGUAAACAAGGCAAUUAAGGACAGCUCCGAUGUAGUUUUGAAUCAGCUAUCAACGCUAUCCUCUAGCCUCCAAAAUGCGUUGAAAGACGCGAACGGCAAGGCUAAGGAGGCCCUGGAGAAGACGCGCCAGAACGUGGAAAAGACCGCGGAAGAGCUGCGGCGCUCGCACCCCGAGGUCGGGAAGCACGCCAAUGAGUUGCGUGACAAGCUGCAGACGGCCGUGCAGUCCACCCUGGAGGAGACCCAGAGGCUCGCCCAGGAAGUCGCCUCCAACAUGGAGCAAACCAAUCAGAAACUGGCUCCUAAGGUGAAGGAGGCGGUCGACGAAUUCGUGAAACAGGCCGAGGCCGUGCAGAAAAAGCUGAAAAAGGUUGACGGUGAAGCUAAAAAUGCACUUGAGGAAUCUCUCUCAGCGGUGGAGAAGAGCACGGAGGAGAUGCGGCGCGCCCAGCGUGACUUGCAGAAGCACGACGACGAACUGCGCGACAAACUGCAGGCCGCCGUGCAGAGCGCCCUGCUGGAGAGCCAAAAACUCACCAAGGCAGUGACCAGUGACCUGGAGCAAGCCAAUAAGAAGUUGUCUUCCAAGAUCGUCUCGGCGAUCGACGAGUUCGUGCAGAAAGCCGAAGCCGUGCAGAAAAACCUGCAAGAGGCCACUUCCAAGCAAGCAUCGAGGGAUGAGGAGGCAAUGAACAAGGCGCUCAAGGAGAGCUCCAAGGCCGUCGAGAAGCAGCUGUCUGCGCUCUCUCUGACUCUUCGCAGUGUGGUGGGCGACGCCAAGGGCAAGACCAAGGAGGUCCUGGAGCAAUCUCGCAAAAGCGUGGAGCAGACCGCCGAGACGCUGCACCGCACCCAACUCGACCUCGACAAGUACGACAACGAGUUCCAACAACAGAUGAAGGCAGUGCAAGGCAAUCUGCAGGACGCGCAAAAGAUUGCUAUGGAAGCGACCAGCAAAGCAGAGCGGAAGCUGACGCCAGAAGUCAAGAAGGCAUUCGAUGAAUUUCUGACACAGGCCAAGGCUGUGCAGAAGACAGUGCGGGACGCCGCUUCCUCCAAAUAA